AUGUCGACCCAACCUCUCACGAACAGCAACAGCAACAGCACUGAUUGCUCAUCUUGUAGCUGCCACAAGCCAACCACUGAAAGCACGUCCACUUCCUCACUUGCUGCAAUUGUCAACACAAAUACUACUGGUUAUUCUUCACCAUUAGAUGCCUUUCAUCAUGGCCCACGUGAGAAGAUUGUCUAUGUGACUGCGAUCAGCACACAACCACAAGAUCACCCUGAUGCGAUCAUCACAGUCGAUGUGGAUCCACAAUCCAAAACUUACUCACAAAUUAUUCAUAUCCUUUCAAUGCCCUACAAGGGAGAUGAGCUUCAUCAUUUUGGUUGGAAUGCUUGCAGUUCAUGUUAUGGAUGUUGUGGAGCUGGAGAAACGUCUGACUCUGAUAAAAGACGUUUCCUCUUCGUUCCAGGUGUGAAAUCCAAUCGAUUCUACAUUAUCGAUACAGUUACAAAUCCAAGAGAACCAAAAAUUCAUCAAAUUAUUGAGCCUGAACAAGUUGAGAAGGUAACAUCGUUGGCUUAUCCACACACAGCUCAUUGUUUAGCAGAUGGAAAUGUCAUGGUCUCCAUGAUGGGUACCAAAGACGGUAAAGGAAAAGGAGGUUUUAUCUUGAUUAAGGACAAUGGAAAGGGAGUUUUUGAAGUUGCCUCACAGUGGAGUAAAGAUGAAGAGUCAAAGAUGGUCUAUGGGUAUGAUUUUUGGUAUCAACCACAUCACAAUAUCAUGGUUUCAUCUGAAUGGGGAGCUCCUGAAGCAUUCACAAAGGGUUUUGAUCCAUCUCAAGUGGAGACUCACUAUGGUCAUCAUAUUUAUUUGUGGAAUUGGAAGGAAAGAACUCUCUAUAAGAGAGUGAACUUGGGAGAAGAUGGUCUCAUUCCUCUGGAAGUACGUUUUCUACACAACCCAAAGUCUGAUCAUGGAUAUGUGGCAUGUGCUUUGAGUUCAACAGUGUUUCAUAUUUACAAGAAUGGUUCAAAUCAAAGCUCUGAGGUGGAGUGGAAAGUGAAAAAGGUCAUUUCCAUUCCGAGUGUGAGUGUGAGUGGAUGGGCGCUUCCUUCAAUGCCUUCUCUCAUUACUGACUUUGUCAUAUCUUUGGAUGAUAGAUAUUUGUAUUUGAGCAAUUGGUUGCAUGGAGAUGUUCGUCAAUAUGACAUUUCAGAUCCUCAUGAACCAAAACUUGUGGGUCAAGUAUUCAUCGGUGGAAGUUUGAGAGAAGGAAGUGGUGUUUCGAUUGUUGAAAAAUCGCAACAAGUGGAGAGUGAGAAUGGCAAUUUGGGAGUUCCUAAACAAUUAAUUCAAGUUCCACAAGUGAAAGGAACUGUUUUACAAGGUUCUGCUCAAAUGUUUCAACUUUCAUUGGAUGGUAAACGAUUGUACGUGACCAACAGUUUGUUCUCAGACUGGGAUAAACAAUUUUAUCCUGGCCUGAUUGAUUCUGGAUCUCAGUUAAUUCAAAUCGAUGUCGACACUGAGAAGGGUGGUUUGACUGUCAAUCAAAACUUUUUGGUGGAUUUCAGUAAGACCAACAAUGGAGUGAAAUAUUUAGCUCAUGAGAUAAGAUACCCAGGAGGAGACUGUACCAGUGAUAUUUGGUUGUAA